AUGGCGGACGGAGGCCACCCGAACCUUAACCUAACGCCGGAGGAGAAGCGUGUAUUUUAUAAACUGUUCCAGGCUGCAGAUAAGACUAAUCUGGGCGUUGUCACUGGCGAAGUCGCGGUUUCUUUCUUCGAGAAGACCAGUCUUCCCCCGGAGACGCUGGGUCUGAUAUGGCAAAUUGCGGAUACACAGAAUCGUGGACUUCUUACCCCGUCGGGGUUUGGAGUGGUUAUGAGAUUGAUCGGCCAUGCCCAAGCGGGUCGCGCCCCGACGGAAGAGUUGGCUUUGCAGCCCGGGCCCCUGCCAAAAUUUUCGGGUUUGAGCAAAAAUAUUACCGAGCCAACUCCCCAAGCGCUGCCUGUCGCAUCGAGUCCUACUCCCGGAAACGGCCCAGUGAGAGUCCCACCGCUAGUUCCUGAUGAUAUUGCCAAAUUCGCCUCCUUAUUCGAGAGGUCAGAAGUCCAGAAUGGACUCCUCUCAGGUGAAAAUGCCAAACAGAUAUUCGAACGAGCGCGAUUGCCAAACGAAAUUUUGGGUAGAAUUUGGAAUUUGGCUGAUACAAAACAACGAGGCGCGUUGGAUACGACGGAAUUUAUCAUCGCCAUGCAUUUGCUAAGCGCGUACAGGAAUGGUACGAUGAGGGUGCUACCACAAACCCUGCCUCCGGGUUUGUACGAGGCGGCCGCUCGACGUGGAGGGGUCCGCACAUCGACCGGCUCGCGGUCAUCUUCGGAUAUACCUCCAGUACCCGCAAUUCCCAAGCAGUUCAGUGGGUCAGGACCCCAACGAGCUCAGAGCCCACUCAAUCGGCCACCUCAGUUCCAGUCAACCAUCCCUUCACAGCCCACUGGCGGCGACUGGACGAUAACCCCUCAAGAAAAAGCUCACUUUGAUACCGUGUUCGCCACUGUUGAUACAGCGAACGUGGGAUACAUCACCGGUGAUCAGGCGGUUGAAUUCUUCAGUAAUGCGCAGUUGCCGGAGGAAACGUUAGCUUCUAUUUGGGAUUUGGCGGAUAUCGAUUCCGACGGGCAGCUGAGCAAAGAUGAAUUUGCUGUUGCGAUGUACCUUGUUCGACAGCAGCGCACUACCCGAGAAGCCUUACCGCAUGCGCUACCCCCAGUCUUGAUUCCACCAAGCAUGCGACGUCAGCUUCAACCGCCAGCUCCGGCUGCUCAAAUUGUCCCCCAGAAUACAGCCCAACGAUCAGCGGCGGAGGAUUUAUUUGGACUCGAUGUCUUUGGGCCCCCAGUUCAAGUGGCACAAACUACAGGUGGCUCCAAUCCUUCUAUCCAGCCCCCUUCGUCACCCACUCGGCCGCCGCUUAGUGCGAGUGCGACGUCAACAUUCAAACCAUUCGUACCUUCGUCAAGUUUUGGGCAGAGCCUUACCCCACAUUCGACCGGCUUGUCAAACGCACCCGCCCAGCAACGAUCGCUACCACCACCAUCUGCGGACGAUCUGUUGGCAGAUGUGGAUGCUGAAGCCAGCAAGAAGGUAUCCCAAGAGUCUGUAGACUUAGCCAAUCUCUCGAAUCAGAUCGGCAGUCUGUCACGAGAGAUGCAGAACGUGCAAGGGAAACGUGCAGCUGCUGAACACGAUUUGACGCAGAACAGCCACCAGAAGAAGGAUUUCGAGACGCGCCUAGCGCAGGCAAGGACAAUGUAUGAGCAGGAAGCGAAGGAUUUCAAGGCUCUAGAAGAACGAUUAGCAGCGCUUCGCGCCGAGACAAGGAAGCUCCAGCAAGAUUUUGCCCUCGUCGAGGCCAGUCGCCAGGAUCUUCAAAACCAGUAUAACCAAGUGAAUGCUGCGCUAGACGCCGACCAACGCGAAAAUGCUAACCUGAAGGAACAAAUCAGGCAGGCUAACGCACAAGUCAGUCAAUUGAAACCGCUUCUGGACAAGGCUCGCUCUGCAGCUCGUCAACAGAAGGGCCUAGUAGCUAUUAACAAGAAACAGCUCGCGACUGUUGAAGGUGAACGGGAUCGAAUCCAGGGUGAAAUCGAUACCACCACUAAAGAGGUAGAUGACUUGCGGCGUCAGGCAUCUGAGGAAUCGUCUCCUGCUUCUCAAUACCCAUCUGUCACGAGCCCGGCACCUUCAACUGCCAGCCAAACAAACCCCUUCUUCCGACGAACCGCAAGCGUAUCCGACAACACACGUUCCCCUCCGCCGCCACCAUCAUCUCAAGAACCCACCAAGGAUGCUCAGAGCGUGUUUGACAAUGUUUUUGGGACGUCCUUUACCGUGCCUUCGGCCUCCACCUCACCACCCCCGACAACUUUCCGAACUGAGUCUCCAGCUCAGCAAGCCUCACCAGCGAUGGCUGAUCCCCCAAAGACAUCUGAUACGUCCGGCACAAUGACCCCAUCUGCAUCUCCCAUCUCAACUGAACAUCCCCCUCCCCCACAAUCUCGGCAGCUAUCAUCCAGUCAACUUCCUAUUGAGGGACACCAAGCAUCUGAGGCUUCUUCUGUAAGGCCAUCCCCGCCUGCUAGCCGCUUUGGGACUUCGGUAACCUCAGAGCCUGGGACAAGCCCGCCAGGGAAAUCCCCCUUUGAGAAUGAGGAGCCGAAGCCAGACACGAAACUGGAAACAUCGCCCAACGAUUCCGAAAACAGCACAAGCCAAACCGGACAAGAACCUGGGGUGUCCAAUACCCCCGGCUUCUUCCCCGCAGAUUCGGCGCAAGCUGAAUCUACCAAGAAGGAUAUCAGUUUUGACGAGUUAUUUGGCGGCAUCACGCAUGCUCGGUCCCCAUCUCAAAAAGCCAACGACUUUGAAGAGGCCUUUGCGGCUAUGAAAUUGAAAAAUGGGAAUGGUGACUCUGGGUUCCCUGAAGUAGCCGAUGAAAAGUCAAAGGCAGUACCCAGCGAGUUCCCUCCGAUUCGAGAGCUUGAUGACGAGGAGGAUAGCACAGAUAGCGAAGCUGCCAAGGGAUUCGACGAUGACUUCUCUCCCGUCUCACCUCCACGAAAAAAUGAGCAAACUUCCCCGGACAUUGUCUCACCUCAGACGUCCGCACCUCCGUCGACGCAGAGUACAUCGAUGCCGGGGAUGAAUGGCCAGGAGCCUUCCAAGGAAACAUCCCAAGUAACAGCCACUACAUCUAAUGGGUUGGCACAUGUUGACAAGAACGGCACCGGAGCCUCCCAACCAGCGCUGCCAGGUAAGAAGCCCACCUCACCUGACUUCGAAGCUGCAUUUGCCGGUUUGGAACUUGCGCCCGCGAAAGAAGCAGACGAUGAUGACGAUGACGAUGACGACGACGAUGACGACUUUGAAUCGCCAUUCAACAAAGAUUCGUCGAACUUCGACAUGACAUUCGACUCACCCGGCGCACAGUCUAAGUCCAGCACAAUUGCCCACGCCAAUACCGGCACAAGUUCCGGCAACAACACAACAAACGCGGAUGUUUUCACCUUCAGUAACAAUCAACAACAACACCAACCACAAUCAAAGUCUCCCUUCGUGCAGCAGACACCUGGUUCCACAGGUCCAGCGAUCUCUCCCGGAACAGUUUCCCAGGAUUGGGACGCCCUCUUUUCCGUCCUGGACACCUCGAAAGCCUCCCAAUCUGCGAACGAAACGAACAAACCCGCCUCAUCCAGUGAAGACCAGCCACCAUCUGAUUCCGCAGCCCUCUCCUCCUUUCCACAACCACCAGGCAAGAAGUCCAAUCCUCCCGGAUGGGCUCUGAAUUCUCCUACGGGCGAAGAUGAUAUGAUAUUGCAGCGGUUGACAGGGAUGGGAUAUCCACGGGACGAGUCGUUGGCGGCGCUGGAGAAAUUUAAUUAUAAUAUUGAUAGGGCUGCCGAUUUCCUCGCGUCGAAGUCAUAA